AUGAUGUCCGCCGAGCCUCACACCCCGGCAGAAGAACAGCCGGACCACACAUAUGACCAUGAGAAAGCCGACGAAUUAGCCAGAGCAGCCAAGUCUUUUCAGGAAACCGACCAGCCAAACCAGUCACAACGCGAACAUGCCUCUCAAGCCAACUCAGACAGCAGUUUUGACGAACCCUCCAAAGAAAUCCACCGCGGCGGCAAGCGCGAACUCACCGAGGACGAAUGCUACGACACGCUCGGCUUCCGCUUUCCCUGGUACAAGAAAUGGACCAUCCUCACCGUCAUCUUCGUCGUGCAGAUGUCCAUGAACUUCAACACGGGUGUCUAUGCCAAUGCUGUCCCCGGCCUUCAGGAGGAGUUUGGUAUCAGUGCCCAGGCGGCCCGUGUCGGCCAGAUGAUCUUCUUGAUGACCUACGCCUUUGGCUGUGAGUUGUGGGCUCCCUGGAGCGAAGAGUUUGGUCGCUGGCCCAUCAUGCAGCUGAGUCUAUUUCUGGUGAAUAUCUGGCAGAUUCCCUGCGCUGUUGCACCGAACUUUGGGACCAUCGUGGUGUGUCGGGCGCUUGGAGGCCUCAGCUCCGCGGGCGGAUCUGUGACACUGGGCAUAACGGCCGACAUGUGGGAGGCUGAGGAUCAAGGAUAUGCGGUGGCGUAUGUCGUUCUCUCGUCUGUCGGUGGGUCGACCAUCGGCCCCUUCUUUGGCGGGUUCAUCGGACAAUAUCUGUCAUGGCACUGGGUGUUCUGGGUGCAGUUGAUCUUCGGCGGCGCCACUCAAGCCCUGCAUUUCUUUCUUGUCCCUGAAACGCGCGCCACGAUCCUCAUCGACCGCGAGGCGCGCCGUCGCCGCACGACCGGAGACGACGUCUACGGCCCUAACGAGCUCAAGACGCCCCGGCUGGACGCCAAGGAUGUGCUGCGCGUCUGGCGCCGGCCCUUUGAGAUGUUCCUGCGCGAGCCCAUCGUGCUCUGUCUGUCACUGCUGUCCGGUUUCUCCGAUGCGCUCAUCUUCGUCUUCACGGAGUCUUUCGGCCUUGUUUUCGAACAGUGGGGGUUUAGCACGCUCGCCGUCGGCAUGACCUUUGGCUCUAUUCUGAUCGGCUACGUGAUCGCCUACCUGAUUUUCUUGCCGGAUAUCUGGCGUCAGCGCAAGGUCCGCAAGACGCACGGCAACGCGGCCCGGCUCCCUGAGCGUCGCCUCUUGCUUCUGUUAUUCAUCGCACCCCUGGAACCAAUCGGGCUGCUGGGCUUCGCCUGGACCUCUAUGGGACCCGCCUAUACUCCCUGGAUCGCACCGUGCAUCUUCGCCUGCCUGAUCGCCAUGGCCAACUACGGCAUCUACAUGGCCACGAUUGACUACAUGGUCGCCGCGUACGGGCCGUAUUCCGCCUCGGCGACGGGGGGUAAUGGCUUUGCGCGGGAUUUCCUGGCGGGGAUUGCGACCAUGUAUGCCACUCCUAUGUAUGAGAAUAUUGGGGGAAAGUUCCAUCUGCAAUGGGCGAGUACCUUGCUUGGAUGUGCGGGAGUUCUUGUGCUGAUCCCGUUGUACAUCUUCUACUGGAAGGGCCCGGUUAUUCGGGAGAGAAGCAAGUUUGCACAGACGCUUGAGGCAGAUCGACAGCGUCAUUUGAGUCGGCGGGCGAGUUAUUUGCCGGGCGAGCAGAAGCCGUACGAUGUUUGA